AUGAAGCAUAAGUUCUAUUCCAAUAAGCACGCUCGUAAUGAGGCGUUAAUAAAAAUAUUGGGGGAAGUUAAUAAGGUAAAUGGUGAUAUCCAGUUCGAAGACGUAAAAAAAAUUGCGAACUUGAGGCAGCAGUUUGCCCAUGAAAACGCCAAACUGCAGGCGUAUCAAAAGUCGGGGACAGGAAGUGAGGAGGUCGUAGAAUCCUCACUUUGGUUCUUCGAAAAACUAUUAUUUCUUAUACCACACAUAAAGACACGGAAAACGAAGAGUACACUGGAUGUGCAGAUUGAUGAUUUCUUAGAGAAUGAAAUUAUCGAAACAAAUUCAGAAGCUGAAGAAUCGCUAAGCAUGGUAUCAACACCAACUUCAAAGCCUGCAACUUCAAAGGUGACUUCAGAUCCCAUUUCCAAAAAGAGGAUAAAAGUUGAAAGUAGUCCAGACCCGGUUAUUUCAGAAGCUGUAUCAACUCUAAAAAGCCUCCAAAACAAAAUUGUCCAACCAAAAACGUGUUCAGUUGGUAAGCACCAAUCAUUUGCUGACUAUUUGGCAAAUGAAAUGAAGAGCAUUGGAGAUGAAGAAUUGAUAGCGGACCUUAAGCAUGAUAUAAAUAAUCUAUUAUAUAAAACAAAGAAGAAGUGGUUGCAGAUGGAAAAAGAAAAUCAUGAAACAAUUGUUGUUGAGGUCAAUAAUUUUGAAUAA